AUAUUUACGUUAUUUUUUCUAAGACAUCAUGGCGUCAUUGCGUAUUGUACUGCUUGUGGUUGUGUGUGUUGUCCUCGUGAAAGCUUSCACUCAACAAGGAAGCCAUGAAGAGGAAAAACUUCAAAAGGCACGCAAGGAGCACGUACAGAARCUCAUCCAAGARCURACCAAGCUAUCCAUUGAGGAAGAAGAGAAGACAAGGAAAAGAUACCAGGAAUCGGACGACCCAAAGAAACGAGAUUGUAAAGACUUGAAAGUGAAGUGUCAGAUGAUGAAAUGGAUUAGAGGAUGUGAAAAUGAUGAAAUGAGAGAGAUGUGCAAGGCAACAUGCGGUCUGUGUUAAUACAGAUGCCGGCAACCAUCCAGGAUAAGUUGAAGAUGAUUCGAGCCUAKUAUAUAACUGUUCACUUGUGAAAUAAUCUCCUUCAUGGUUCCCUUUGCCAUCUUGAAAUGUAAAACGGUGCCUUUUUAUCGAACCGAGACGACCGUUUAGGACUAGGAGCCGACGGGUUCCUGGGAGAAAUAUAUCUGUUCUUAUGUCCC